GAUCCAAGUCUAGCAAGUAUUCCAGUACGGAUGGAGGCUACGGUGAUCGAGAAGAUGAGGAUCGUUAUGGCGCGAGCAGUCGAUCUGGUGGAAGAGAUGAAGAUGGUAGGUAUGCAGGAAACAGGGAUAGGGAAAGGGACAGAGAUGAUCGAUACAGGGAUGACGAUCGGUCCGGAAAAGAUACUAAUGGGGACCGUUACAGAGACGACAAGUAUGGUGGUGAUCGAGAUCGAAUUGAGGAUGACAGAAGUUACGGAGGCAAAGGUGGAGAUCGAGGUUAUAACGACAGGUAUGGGGAUGAAGGUUCGGCCUCAGGUUAUGAUAAAGAUCGCGAGAGGAACUACGAAGAAGAAGAUCGCUAUCCUGCCAGGGUUGGAGGAGGCAACAGAGCCGAUCGGGGUGAUCCACCAGAAUACCCGGGCGAAGAGCGGGACGCUAGUGGCCUCGCCGCAUCAGUAGCUAAAGCUCAAACUAGUCAGACACAGGUGAGUCAGCCUCAAGCGUCAGCCACUGCUAGUCAAAAUGGUGAGCGCAAGUUACAAGCCGGAGGUUCUUCUGGAGGUUCUUACUUUGCAACCAA